AUGGAUCAAAUAUUUGCACCAGAGUAUUUUGAUAUAAUUUUCAGAUUUCUUCCGACCAUUAAAGAUUUGCAUUCUUGUCUCCUAGUUAAUAAACAUUGGGCAGCUUGUGCCAUUCCAAUUUUGUGGGAAGCGCCUUUCAAAAUUAAUAACAACUAUUUUCCAUCAUUCAAAGUGAUCAAAAUCUAUCUUGAAUUUAUACCAGAUAGUACUUUUCGCAAAUUGGGAGAUAAUAGAAGAAUAGGGUUGUCUAAUAGUAGACCUCUUUUUUUUAACUAUCCGUCAUUCCUUAAAGAACUCUCAUAUGAUCAAUUCCUUCAUGCAGCUAUUGCAAACAAUUGCAGUAAAGAUAUUAUAAUUGAAUUAUCCAAAUUACUUGCUGUAAAUAAUGUAAGAUUGCACCGGUUAGAAAUCUACAACAGUCUUAAUUGUUAUACUGAAAACCUAAAUAAGAUAGGAUAUUUGGUUAUUCCUCAUUUUUAUGAAUGCACUUCUGUAUUUAGUAGGUUAACAUAUUUUAAUUGUAGCUAUCAAUGGCCAGUGCAAAGAAUACAACUUUUUAAUGCAAUUUCGAAGGACUGUCAUAAUAUUAAAAACCUUAAAGUCAGUAUUUAUGAUAAAAAUGAAGGAAUGGCUUUAGAGGGUCUUAUCCGUUCUCAAAGAAAUUUAAAAAAGUUCACUCUGAUAAACAGUAAUAAUUUUGCAUCACUUCCUAUCCAAGCUCUUGUGAAUCAAAAACAUUCACUCAACAGUUUAGCACUUGAAGACAUGCAUUGCAACAGUAGCUUAAACAAGACAAAUUUUUUUAAUUAUGCAGCUUGCCAAUUAAAUAGCAGUGCUAUAAACGUACUAACUCAGUGUACAAAAAUCAACAGAGUGAAGUUUAAACACUGUGAAGGGCUUAACUCUUCUGUAUUUCUUCCUCUUGCUAUUGCUUUUCCGAAUUUAACAUCCUUAGAAUAUUCUUAUGGUUCUUAUGAAAUUUAUGAUAACGCAACCCCUAUUAGAUUAUUAUCUGGUCUCAUUAUAACGAGUUGCAAUACACUUAAAAGAAUUAUACUUGACUGGCAUUCCGAAGUUUAUCUUGAUAUUACACAACUUGUCGAAAUUAUUGCUCAGUAA